AUGGAUUCAUUGAUAGAAAAAUGGAAAAAGACUACCUAAAGUGCUUCUAGAUAUAGUGAAUAGAAAUUAAAAAAAAAAGAAAGGGAUUCCUCAUCAUCCUCAGAAAGCUCUUAAGAAUAAAAAAUUGUUAAUAACAUCAAUAAGAAUUCACCUCAAACUCUAAAUACUAAGAGUUUACAAUAGUCAAUUUAAUCCUCAGGCAAGAAAGCAACCUAAUAAUCUUUACCAAACUCAGGAAAUAAGAAGUUUCUCAAACCAUAAACUUUUUCAUAAUUACUUGAUUUUUAUACAUCCUAAUUCUAAACCUUAUUUAAAAGCAACAUAUUACCAUCAUAGUUAAAUGAUUAGAUUAAGACUAUUUUAGUAGAUUAUGCUGAAAAUUUAUAAUCUCUAAGUGCAUCUGGAUUUUCAGGAGCCUAAAUUGAAGAAUUGCAAAAUAAAUUGAAUCAAGCUGAAUAACAAAUAUUUACAUUAAGAAAUAGCAAUGCUAAAGAUGAUUUUAGCAAAAAAAUUAUAAAUGAAUUAGAGGAUAAGCUCAUGGAUAGUGAAAAGCAAAAAGUCAAAUUAAAAUAAUAAAAAGAGUAAAUGCAAAUGCAAAUUGAGAAAAUAUCAGAAUCCUUAGGAAAAUAUUAAAUUAAUUAAGAACUAAUACAUUAGCUGAAAUAAGAAAAUUUAUAAUUAAGAAAAAAUAAUGAUGUCUUGGUUACUUAAAUUUCUGAAUUAAAUACUCAAAACAAAGAAUAAUAAGUAUUAUGGAACUAAUAAAUAGAAGACUUAAUUAAAAUGAUGGAUAUUUUAAGAAAAACCUAGAGUUCUUGA